AUGUGGUUUUCUAUCUUUGGGUCCGCCAUCUUGCGCUGCAUCUGGUCACCUCUCGAUCCGGUCGCGAUGACCUCGCGGGUUCUACUGGUUCUGUCGCGGACUGAAGGUCCGGGAAAACAAAAGCCAGAUCAGAGGUUCCGGAUAAUGGAGUCCCCGAUCACUAGAGUCGGAGGCUGGGGCUACUUCCCCUGGAUGAGGUGGGUCGUACCGGUCCGCGGUGUCCACCCGAACCGGCGGAGGCUCCGACUGGACCCGAAGACAGGGGCUCCGGUGAUGCCGGACCUGGAUCGGCAGGAGGCUCUGGGUUCUUGUUCAUCUUUCCCAGAACUAAGAACCUGUUCCCCGGUCGGAUGGUCUCUGAUGGAGGAGUAG